GGUGGGACCUUUGACAAACGGGCUCUCCCAGCAGCAUGGCGUUCAUCAACCCUUCCUCCUGCCACCUUUUCCUCUUCUUUCUCUUCUCCUCCCUGAUCAACCAGCCUGCCCUCACCCAGGACCCAUCUGCCACCACAGUAACAGUAACCAAAGGCGACCUCAUUGUCCCCACCACGGUGAACAACCAGACGACUCCCACUUAUGUUGAGACGACCCAGAACACCCCUGUAGAGACGGGGCUGUCCACUCCCUCCAGCGGGGGAGACGCGGAUGAUGAGGACAUCCCCCCUGUUGGCGGGACGCGUUGCCAGGGCUACUACGAUGUGAUGGGCCAGUGGGACCCGCCGUUCAACUGUAACGCUGGCAUCUUUCUGUACUGCUGCGGCACUUGCUUCUACCGCUUCUGCUGCCAGUUCCGCCAACAGCGGCUGGACCAGAACAUCUGCUCCAACUACGACACGCCCAUCUGGGCCAACACCGGCAAGCCCGUGGCCACCAUCACAGAGGGCGACGAGGACCAGGACCGGGACCGCACGCAGCUGAUUGUCUACAUCAUCUGCGGUGUGGUGGCCAUCAUGGUACUGGUGGGCAUCUUCACCAAACUGGGCCUGGAGAAGAGACGAGGAGGAGCAGGAGGAGGAGCGGGGGCGGGGCAAGCUGACCUCAACUCCAGGACACUGACAGACCUGCUGAAGCAACAGAGUGGUGAGGUGAGCUCGGUGGAAAACGCCACGGCCGGUUCACCCGGCGGAGGGAGAGCCAACGGCAUCUCAGCCAGGAUGCUGCGCAGCAGGAGUGAGCAGUACCAUCUGAAUAACGCAGCUUAUGGUCCAUUUGGGCAAGGACUUCCACACCCGCACAGCAACCACAGCACAGUGGGACUCAACAAAUAUACCUCCCUAAAAGCUGUGGCCGAUAGUGCAUCUCGUAGCUACUACAAGAGCUUCCCGCUCAUGGACUUUUCCCAGUACCAACCCGUGGCGCCUCCUGCCUUCCAGCCAGUGCAGCCCAAAGAGAAGUCAUACAUCCACCAGCCCCUGCCAGUGCACCAUGACCUCCAUGCCCCUCUCUCCAUCUCCAUCCCCUCCAGCCACCUGGAGCACUCACGCCUCCCCAAGACCACCACGCACCCACUGCUCACUAGCUCGGCUUUCAAAGCCUGGGAGCCGAGUGGCCGCCAUGUCCAAAGGCAGGCCUCCGCCCCGGGGCACUCCUCUUCCUCCAUGCACAGCUCUGCCCGGAGACACGGUUAUUCAACCCGUAGGCAACGGAGCAUAGAGAACAUGCCAGAUCUCUUUAGCCAGCCCUACGUAGGGAUUUACGGAGGAGUUGGAAGCGGGGCAGGGCACGGGCAGCAUGUCCAGGGGCAAUACCCAUCUCAACCCACCUAUUACCACCACACGAGGCAAAAGAGUUACUCCACCCACAGUACGAAUGAAGUGACCGUCUGA